CUUCUUCGAUACUGUGUAUCUUUGCUGAGCAGGAAUCUCUUGUGUUAUUGUAAAAAGUCCUUGAAGCGCAUUCAAAUUGUUUAUUUAACAGAGGCAGAUGUACAAAAGGACUUAAACAAUUCAAAGAAAAGUGUGAGCUAGGACUGAGCCGCAGAUGAGAUGCAUUGGAUACAUUCAGUCUAUGUUUGAGACUGACCACACAGAAAUACACCUGCCAACAUUUCUAGUCAGUCGCUUUCUAGAGAUGCGACCUGAAGAAUGAAGAACAGAAGAAUGAAGAAGAAUAAAAGUGAAGACUCUCCAAGGGACUGUGUAGAUAAAACCACAAAAUCAUACAAAGCUGAUGAAGAUGCUGACCUCAAGAAUGGCAGUGACCAAAUAAAAAAAGAGAAAGCACUGACCAUCGGAUUCUUUCAGCUGUUCCGUUUUGCCACGUGGAAGGAGGUGCUGAUGAUGGUGGUUGGAAGCGUGUGCUCUCUGGUCCAUGGCGCCGCGUCUCCUCUCAUGCUGCUGGUGUAUGGCAUGAUGACCAACACCUUCGUGGACUAUGAGCUUGAGCUUCAGGAACUGGCCAACCCGAACAAAACCUGCAUUAAUAACACCAUCACCUGGAUGGGCGGGACUGUAGUUGAGUGGCCGGACAACAGCUCCAUGUACUGUGGUGUGGAUAUAGAGGCUGAAAUGACCAAGUUUGCAUUAUACUAUGCUGUAAUUGGAGUUGGAGUCCUUAUUCUGAGUUACUUUCAGAUCGCUCUCUGGGUUUCUGCUGCCGCCAGACAGAUACAACGCAUCCGGAAAAUGUACUUCAGGAAGAUAAUGUGCUCGGAGAUUGGCUGGUUUGACUGCAACUCCAUCGGGGAGCUGAACACAAGGAUAUCUGAUGACAUCAACAAAAUCAACAAUGCUAUGGCAGACCAGGUCUCUAUCUUCAUCGAGAGGAUCUCAACGUUCAUAUUUGGCUUCACGGUGGGAUUCAUCGGCGGAUGGAAGCUGACGCUGGUGGUGAUAGCAGUCAGUCCUCUCAUUGGACUGGCUGCAGGACUCAUGGCGAUGGCUGUAGCAAGGCUUACAGGUCGUGAGUUGACGGCCUAUGCUAAAGCAGGAGCAGUGGCUGAUGAAGUCCUUUCCUCCAUGAGAACGGUUGCCGCUUUUGGAGGAGAGCACAAGGAAACAGAGAGGUAUGACAGGAACCUCGUGGAGGCCCAGGAAUGGGGUAUUAAGAAGGGAGCAAUCAUUGGUGUGUUUCAGGGUUACCUUUGGUGCAUCAUAUUCUUGUGUUAUGCACUGGCUUUCUGGUACGGCUCAAAACUGGUCAUUGAAACCAAGGAGCUCUCGCCCGGCGACCUUGUUCAGGUAUUCUUUGGUGUUCUUAUGGGUGCCGUGAAUCUGGGCCAGGCCUCUCCUUGUCUUGAGGCCUUUGCUUCUGGUCGGGCCGCAGCCAAAAGUAUAUUUGACACUAUUGACAGGGAACCAGAAAUCGAUUGCUUCUCAGAAGAAGGUCAUGCGUUAGACAAAGUUAAAGGUGACAUUGAAUUCCACAGUGUUCACUUCAACUAUCCCUCCCGUCCGGAAGUGAAAAUAUUAGAUGAUUUGAAUUUUGUGGUCAAAGCUGGUGAGAACACUGCAUUUGUUGGACCAAGUGGAUCAGGAAAGAGCACAACAAUUCAACUCAUUCAGAGGUUCUACGACCCCAAAGAAGGAAUGGUCACGCUGGAUGGUCAAGACAUCAGAAGCCUGAAUAUCCAGUGGUUGCGUUCCCUCAUUGGUGUAGUGGAGCAAGAGCCUGUUCUGUUCGCCACCACGAUCGCGGAGAACAUCCGAUACGGCCGUCCUGGAGUCACCAUGGAGGAGAUCAUAGAAGCCACCAAACAAGCCAAUGCUUACAACUUCAUCAUGGAUCUUCCUCAGAAAUUUGACACAUUGGUGGGUGAAGGUGGGGGUCAGAUGAGUGGAGGGCAGAAACAGAGGAUCGCCAUUGCUCGAGCGCUGGUCAGGAAUCCCAGAAUCCUCCUGUUAGACAUGGCCACGUCAGCGCUGGAUAACGAGAGUGAGGCUCUAGUACAGGAGGCCUUGGAUAAGGCUCGACAGGGAAGAACGACUAUCAGCAUCGCACACCGUCUGUCCACCAUCCGCAACGCCGAUGUGAUCGUGGGCUUUAAGCAUGGACGUGCUGUAGAGAGAGGCACACACAGCCAGUUACUGGACAGAAAGGGAGUUUACUUCACACUAACCCUGCAGAAUCAAGGAAAGGAUACAGAGAGCGAUAAACCGGAGUACACUGCUGAGAUGACCAUUAUAGAGGAGGAGGGACUUGAGAAAGUAAGGAGCUUCAGCAGAGGAAGUUACGAGAGUACCUUAAGGCGAUCUUUGAGACAGCAAUCACAUUCUCAAAUGUUAAACAGCAUUCCUGAUGCCAUAUCUGGAAAAUUCAAAAUCCACUCGGACCAUUUAGAAACUGAGGAAGCUGAAGUAAACAACAAGAAAAGCAAUGGUAAAGAUGAAGAAGUCAUUGAACCGGCUCCAGUGGCACGAAUCCUGAAGUAUAACCGUCCCGAGUGGCCAUAUAUGCUGCUGGGCUCUUUAGGUGCUGCCAUCAAUGGAUCGGUCAACCCCAUCUAUGCUCUUUUAUUCAGUGAAAUCCUUGGGACAUUCUCCAUUCAAGACCUGGAUAAACAGAGGAUGCAGAUAAACAGGAUUUGUAUUUUGUUUGUCAGCAUAGGAGUCCUGAGCUUCUUUUCACAGUUCUUACAGGGCUACUCUUUUGCCAAAUCAGGAGAGCUGUUGACUCGCAGGCUGAGAAAGGAUGCAUUUCAGGCAAUGUUAAAGCAAGAGAUGGGCUGGUUCGACAGCCCCAUUAACAGUCCUGGUGCUCUGACUACCAGACUAGCCACUGACGCCUCCAUGGUGCAGGGGGCUACAGGCUCACAGAUCGGCAUGAUUGUGAAUUCACUGACCAACAUCGGUGCUUCUUUCAUUAUUGCAUAUUACUUCAGCUGGAAACUGAGUCUUGUGGUUACCUGCUUCCUUCCUCUCAUCGGCCUCUCUGGAGUCUUUCAGGCUAAAAUGCUGACAGGAUUUGCUAAUGAGGAUAAAAAUGCAUUGGAGGCUGCUGGACAGGUGUCCAGUGAAGCUCUGAGCAACAUCAGGACCAUCGCCGGUUUAUCCAAAGAGAAACACUUUGUGUCUCAAUAUGAGGAGCAGCUACAAGCACCUUAUAAAAGGGCAAAGAAGAAAGCUCAUGUUUAUGGGAUCUGUUUUGCAUUCGCCAAGUGUGUCAUUUUCAUGGCCUUCGCUUGCUCUUUUCGAUACGGCGGCUAUCUGGUCAGUAAUGAGGGGCUUCCAUAUAUGAUGGUGUUCAGAGUCAUUUCAGCUCUGGUGACCAGUGCCACCGCACUUGGCAGAGCUUCGUCUUUCACACCAGAUUACGCCAAGGCCAAGAUAGCUGCUUCACAACUCUUCAAACUGUUGGACAGGGUUCCCAAAAUUAGCAUCAGCAAAACAGAAGGAAAAAGUUGGAAUCCCUUUGAGGGCCAAAUAGAAUUCAAAGGGUGCAGGUUCACGUAUCCCAGCAGGCCAGACAUCCAGGUUUUGAGGGGACUGGAGGUGUCAGUACAUCCAGGACAGACGCUUGCUUUUGUGGGAAGCAGCGGCUGCGGGAAGAGCACCAGCGUUCAACUGCUGGAGCGAUUCUAUGACCCCGAUGAAGGUCAAGUGCUGAUCGAUGGACAUCCAUCUGCGAGCAUCAGCGUGCCCUUCCUGAGGUCUCAGAUUGGCAUCGUUUCCCAGGAGCCGGUGCUGUUCGACUGCAGUAUCGCAGAGAAUAUCCAGUAUGGAGAUAAUUCUCGUACCGUGAGCAUGGAGGAGAUUAUAGAGGCUGCUAAGAAGGCCUAUCUGCACGAUUUUGUGACGACACUACCUGAUAAAUAUGAAACUCAGGUCGGCGCUCAAGGCUCUCAAUUAUCCCGUGGACAGAAACAGCGCAUAGCGAUCGCAAGAGCCAUCGUCAGAAACCCUAAAAUCCUGCUGCUGGAUGAGGCCACGUCCGCACUCGAUACUGAGAGUGAGAAGGUUGUUCAGGCCGCACUUGAUGAGGCCCGUCAGGGACGCACGUGUAUCGUCAUUGCUCACAGGCUUUCCACCAUUCAGACUGCUGACAUCAUCGCAGUGAUGUCACAGGGCGUGCUCAUCGAGAAAGGGACCCACGAGGAGCUCAUGUCCAGGAAAGCUGCAUACUACAAGCUUGUCACCACAGGGGUGACUAUUAGUUAAAACAAAUAUAUAUAGAACAUUACUUCUGCAAUCGUUGGUUUGUCUGGUUUAGUCGGGCUGCUCAAACAAAUUACAUCCCAGUACAUUUGGUAAUGGAAUUAAUUGUUGAGGUAUUUUUUAUUUAUAUGUAUUUAUUGAUAAGUGGACGUUUAUUAUGUCUUGACAACAUCCUUUGAAUGUUUGAAUUAUACUUAUACUACGGUGGCCAAGAGAGCUCAAUGCAAAUUAAGAAAACACAUGCAAAUUGAAAAAACACCAGCAAAUGAAGAAAAAAUCUUCAUCAGUUUUGAUAACACAAGUGUUGCAAAUCCUCACAACACAUGCAAAUUAACAAAAGCACUGCAAAUCUUCACAAAACAUGCAAAUUAAGAAAUGCUGCAAAUCUUCACAAUACAUGCAAAUUAAAAAACGCGCUGUAAAUCCUCACAGCACAUGCAAAUUAAGAAACAAUUAAUGAAGCAUUGCACAUUUAUUUUGAUUAACCUUGAAAUUUACUUGAGGAUAUUAAAGUUCGCCAUCUUAUAAGUAAUAUUAAACUUUCACAGUUAAUCGUGUAAUUAUUCAGCUUAUUUAGGCUAAUAAUAUCCGAAAGGUAAAGGAAUCAUGCAAUCAGGGUGUUUAAAAAAAAAGAAAACUCACCUUUCAGGUCAUCAACAGCUCAAAUGAUUGUAGCCACUGCACAAUAAACAAAUACCAGCUGGAUCCGUGUUUUCUUAAUUUGCAUGUGUUGUGAGGAUUUUCAGUUGUUAAUUUGCAUGUGUUGUGAGGAUUUUCAGUUGUUAAUUUGCAUGUAUUGUGAAGAUUCGCAGCGCUUUUGUUAAUUUGCAUGUGUUGUGAGGAUUUGUUACACUUAUGUUGUCAAACUGAUGAAGAUGUUUUCUUCAUUUGCUGGUGUUUUUUCGAUUUGCAUGUGUUCUCUUAAAUUGCAGCACAUUGAGCUCUCGCGGCCACCGUAUUAUACAGGUCUGGUUAGUCAACCUGGAUCAACUGUUUUUUGUUUUUUUCAAGAAACUGAGCGAAAAUGUAUUGCAUAAAAAUGUGACAUCAUGCAAGUAUUUGUUUUGUACUAAAAGGUUGCAGAGAUUCGACUUGUUGUAGCAGCUGAAGAUAUGAUGUCCUUGAACUACACUGAUAAUAGAACGAGACUGAUAACAUGUUCAUAAUCACUGAUACAUUUACGCUCAGUCAUUGUUUAAUGUAGUGCCAUGUUUUGAUGUCUCACUUGCUGUCAUUCAAAUGUUACAGAUGAACAAUGUGUACAUAUUUAAAAAGUCCUUAAAAGACAGUAUGUAUUGUAAACAUAUUUGUCACUAGUUAUUUUGCCUUUCUUUGAGGAAAAAUUGUGCUCAUUUAGCUAAGCAACAAUACGUUUCUUCUCGCUUGUUUAUUUGUUCCACAGGGCUGAGAAGUCAUUAUUUUUGUUUUCUUCAUGUACAAAAAGUAUUGUCCUCACUUCAUAAAGUUACGGUUAAACCACUGAUGGC